AUGCUUCCGUCCACAACCAGAAACAUUGUCUCUAGGACGUUGAAACAAUUGCAACCCACUGCUGCAUUAAACAUCUCAAGAUAUAACUCCACCCAUCCAAAAUCGACAACACCACCUCAACCUCAAGAUGCUAAUGAUCCAUCCACUACACAUUUUGGAUUUAAAACUGUGAACCGUGCCGAAAAGGAGAAUCUUGUUGGUGGUGUCUUUUCCUCUGUUGCGUCCAACUACGAUAUAAUGAACGAUGUAAUGUCCAUGGGUGUGCAUCGAUUAUGGAAACAACAUUUCAUCAAUAGACUCGAUGCUGGAAUGAGACCUAAUUCUACCGAGCCUUUGCAAUUCCUCGAUGUUGCAGGUGGAACUGGAGAUAUUGCAUUUGGAUUAUUGGACCACGCUGCGGAAAAAUUUGGUGAUCAUGUGAGUAAAAUGACUGUUGCAGAUAUCAACCCUGAUAUGUUGCGCGAAGGUGAGAAUAGAUACUUGGAUACCAAAUGGUGCAAGGAAGCUCAGGAGACUGGCAUAAACAGAGUUGAAUUCUUAGUCCAAAAUGGUGAAACGAUGGACGCGAUCGAGGAUAACUCGAAAGAUGUUUAUACUAUUGCGUUUGGAAUUCGUAACUUUACAAACAUUCAAAAGGGUCUUGACACAGCAUACAGAGUGCUCAAACCAGGUGGAAUCUUUGCCUGUUUGGAAUUCAGUCAGGUUGAAAAUCCAUUAAUUGAUUAUGCAUACCAAGCAUACUCGUUUUCUCUUUUGCCAUUAAUGGGUCAAUUGAUUGCAAAUGACAGAGAUAGUUACCAGUACCUCGUGGAAAGUAUCCAAAGAUUCCCCAAACAAGAGGAGUUUAAGCUGAUGAUUGAAAAAGCUGGCUUCUAUGUUCCCGAACCGGGGUACGAAAAUUUGACAUUUGGCGUGGCUAGUAUUCACAUUGGUAUCAAAUUGUAA